UCUGAUUAUCGCUGCACACUCAGGUUGCUGUUUUUAUUUUGUAUUUUGGUCUGGUCAGGGGGCUCAGCAGCAGCCACAAAUGGAAGUGGUGAUGAAGGUGGAAGGUCAACAGCCUUCAAUCUCCACUCCCCCUCCACCUCUGACUGCUACUCAGCAAAAAAAGGAGUUGCAAGAGCAGCUGCAGCAGCAACAGGACCUGCUUGCAGAGUUGGAACAUCAGGAGGCAGCUGAGCUAGAGGCUGCAACAGAUAAUUCCCGAAGGGAAUAUCUGUUGGAGAAGCUAGACAAGGUGCUCACAGAUGACCGUUGUGCACAGGUGACCAAACACCUGGCAGAGAUGGUCAUUCUGGAGCACAAGAUCACCAGUUCUCACUUCACGAACUGGGAUGAUCAUUUUGAUCGUUUGGAGCGUCGGGUUGACGACCUGGCAGCUCAGCAGUCUAAGAUUCAGGAUGCGAUUCAGAACUUGACUGCUCAGCUGUCAGCCGCCAAGCUGAUUGCCGCUCAGCUUCCUCUGAUAAAACCCAAACCUUCUCCUCCUUCUACCCCUCCUUCAUCUCCCCCUGGGUCAGUGCAUUCUCCCAUGACACCACAUCAGUCCCAAAAGGCCUCAGGCAAGGCCACCUAUGCUGAUGUUGCUGCAGGAGAUCAAAGAGGUCCCAAGAUCCUUGCACCCAACAAGUUCAGGGGUGAUGACCCCAAGACCGAUGUUGGGGAUUGGGCGGCAGGGACCAAAGCCUACUUGAGGGGCUUUGUGUGCCCAGAACAGACCAAGGUGGUGGACAAGUAUGCAGAUCUGAUGCAGGAGCCCUUUGGGUUACCCAACCGGCCAACCAAGCAUCACAUCGAGUUGCUGCCUGGAGCGGUCCCCCCCAAGGGCCGCAUCUACAGGAUGUCCCCUGCUGAGCUUGAGGAGCUCAGAAAGCAGCUUGAAACCCUGACCAGCAAAGGCUGGAUCAGACCAAGCACUUCUGAAUUCGGCGCACCUGUUCUCUUUGUGCCCAAAGGGAACGGCGAGUUCAAAAUGUGUAUUGACUACAGGGGUCUCAAUAAGAUCACUAGGAAGAGUACAAAGCCCCUUCCUAGGAUCGAUGACCUUCUGGAUAUGGUGCAGGGCUGCACAGUAUUCAACAAAGUCGACCUCAAAUCUGGCUACCACCAGAUUGAGAUGGCAGAGGGGGAUGUCUACAAGACAGCCUUCAAGACCAGGUAUGGGACUUAUGAGUUCCUAGUCAUGCCAUUUGGACUUUGCAAUGCCCCAGGCACCUUCCAGACAGAGAUGCACCGCAUCUCCAGGCCUUACCUGGACAAGUUCAUGGUUGUCUACCUGGAUGAUAUCCUGGUAUUCAGCCGGACUGCCAGGGAACAUGCGGAGCAUUUGGCUCUUGUCCUUCAGUCGUUACGUGACAGCCAGUAUAAGAUCAACAGAGAGAAGUCCUCUUUGAGAGUUCCCUUUGUUAUCUACCUGGGGCAUGUAAUCUCUGGAGAUGGUCUGGCUCCUGAAGCAGCUAAGAUUGUUGCUAUUCAGGACUGGCCUCAGCCACAGACAGUGAGGUAUGACAGGUCCUUCAUGGGUCUAGCCUCAUACUACAGAAAGUUUGUCAGGAACUUUUCUGCAGUGGCUGCAGCCCUGACCAACCUAACAAAGAAAGAUACUCCCUUUCUUUGGUCCCUUCCCUGUCAGUUGGCCUUCACACGACUCAAGAAGGCAUUGACUCGUGCGCCUGUGCUGAAGUUACCUGACCCCACUUUGCCAUUCAUCCUGACCACUGACGCUAGUCAGUAUGGCAUUGGGGCAGUUCUUCAGCAGGAUGAUGGGAAUGGUCUACGGCCUGUAGAGUUUAUGAGUAAGAAGAUCAAAACUCAAAAGCUCCAGGACUCUACCUACGAGAAAGAGCUAUAUGCUCUUGUCUGUGCCUUGAAACAUUGGAAGCACUUUCUCCUGGGAAAACACUUCAAGAUCUUUUCAGAUCACUCCACCUUGCAGUGGAUGAAGUCCCAGGGAGAGUUGAACGACAAGUUGGCACGGUACAUUCAGUUCAUUGAUAUGUUCUAUUUUGAACUGAAACACAAGAAGGGUUGCUACAACAAGGUAGCAGAUGUCCUCUCUCGUAGGCCUGACUCUUUUGCGUUGAUCUCCUCUACUCACUCCUUUGGGGAGGAGAUCCGUCACACCAUUGCUCGUCUACUGCCUCAGGAUGAGACUUUUGGACCCAUCGUCAGGAAUCUGCAAGCGGAUCCUAACUCUGAACCAGGCUACGCUCUGAGUUCAGAUCUGCUGUAUACCUACAGCAGAGGGGAGGAGCGCUUGUGCAUUCCCCAGGACCAGCGGCUUAGGACACUGCUGAUGUCAGAGUGUCAUGACGCCCGUGGACAUUUUGGGUUCCUAAAGUCCUAUGCAUCCCUGUCGCAGCGCUUCUUCUGGAAGGAGAUGCGGAGUGAUAUGUUGCGUUAUGUGGACACCUUUGAGCUCUGCCAAAGGAAUAAGAUCCACCGUAGACCUCCCUUGGGACUGCUCAAACCCUUACCCAUACCAGAUGGCCCUGCUGAAUCUAUGGCAAUAGAUUUCACAGAUUUAGGCAAGACCACCCCUCGUGGCAUGCGUCAAGUUAUGGUCUGCGUGGACAGGUUCUCCAAAUACGCAAAGUGCAUCCCCUUGCCAAAGGUAGCUCGGGUUCCGGCUGUGAGAGCAGCCUUUUCUGAGAGCCAUAGCUGCCUGUUCCUUCGUCAGAGUUGUUCAUCUACACUGAAGACUUCAUCGCAGGACCUGUUCUCCAUCAGGGUGGUUGGCGCUGGCCUCUGGGAGGCUGUUCUGAUCUGGCGCUACUAACUGGGUGUAGGAUAGAGAGUGGGGUGCGUGUUCUGAGAGUGGCGAGAUACUGGAACAAACUCUGUUACGAUAA